ACUGAUUGUUCAUCCACGAUGUUGAAGUGCGCCCGCCUUCCCCGCUUCUGUAGGAGUGUUGCUGGGCUGGUCCAUCAGCAAUGCCACCCUCCUGAAAGAGGUCUCCUUCCCUGGUCCUAUGCCAUUCGGCAACAGGGAAGGCCAACGACCGGAAGCUGGAGCAGUCACGGUGCUUCGAGAGAUGGGGAGAAAGGAUACUGCCCUCAGAUUGAUGGCAGGCAGCAACGGAAAGCUCGGCGCAGCUUCGUACGGUCACAGAGCACCACGUCUGUGGCAGAGCACGCCAGCAGUGCAGCGGAGGCUGCGGGCCACCACAGCAGCAGGGGGCAAGCAGCAGAGAAUGCCGCAGCACCCACAUUUCAAGAAGCGAUCCAGAAACUGCAGACCUACUGGGCUUCUCAAGGCUGUGCGGUGCUGCAGUCCAGUAACACCGAGGUGGGGGCGGGCACUAUGAACCCCGCCACGUUCCUGCGCAUCCUGGGCCCAGAACCUUGGAAUGUCGCGUACGUGGAGCCUAGCAUCCGGCCAGACGACAGCCGCUACGGUGACAAUCCCAAUCGCGUCCAAAGGCAUACACAAUUCCAGGUGAUUUUGAAGCCGGAUCCAGGCAACUCUCAGGAGCUCUACCUAGGCAGCCUGGCAGCACUUGGUAUCAACACCCGUGCCCACGACAUCCGGUUCGUUGAGGACAACUGGGAGUCACCGGUGCUGGGCGCGUGGGGCCUGGGGUGGGAGGUGUGGAUGGACGGCAUGGAGGUGACGCAAUUCACGUACAUGCAGCAGGCCGGCUCGCUGCCGCUAACGCCCGUGCCGGUAGAGAUUACGUACGGCCUUGAGAGAAUCAUUAUGGCCCUCCAGGGCGUCGACCACUUCAAGAAGAUUCGGUAUGCCCCCGGCAUCACAUACGGCGAGCUGUUCCUGGAAAACGAGCGCGAGAUGAGCGCGUUCAACCUGGACCACGCAGACGUUAAGCGCACGCGCCAACGCUUUGAGCUAUACGAGGCCGAGGCGCGGGCGCUGCUCGAGAAGAAGCUCGCCAUCCCUGCGUACGACCACGUUUUGAAAACUUCCCAUGCCUUCAACAUCCUGGACGCUCGGGGCGCGGUUGGGGUCACGGAGCGGCAACGAUUUUUUGGGAAGAUGCGCAACCUGGCGCGAGAGUGCAGCACUCUGUGGGUGGAGACGCGCGCCAGCCUGGGGCACCCGUUGGGCGUCACCGACCCACCCCCCGAGCCGCAGCCGGAGGCCAGCACGUCAAGCGCGGGCAGCGCGGAGCCGCGCAUGCUGGUGCUGGAAAUCGGCUCCGAGGAGCUGCCCCCGCAGGACGUCGUGGCCGCCAUACAGCAGCUGCGUGCGUCAGUGCCUUCCGUGUUGGCGAAGCUGCGGCUGCGGCACGGCGCGGUGCGCGUGUGCGGCACCCCGCGGCGGCUGUGCGUGCUGGUGGCGGACGUAGAGGGGCGGCAGGCCGACCUGGAGGAGGAGCUGCGGGGGCCGCCCGCCAAGGCGGCCUUCAAGGACGGGCAGCCCACCAAGGCUGCGGAGGGCUUCUGCCGCAAGAACGAGGUCGCCGUUGCCGAUCUUGUCGUCCGACCAGACGAAAAGGGGGUGGAGUAUGCUUACGCAACCGUGCGGCAAGAGGGGCGGCCCGCGGCACAGGUGUUGGGCGAGGAGCUGGCGGGCGUGGUUGCUGGUCUACAAUUUCCCAAAAGCAUGCGCUGGAGCACCCAGGUGGCGUACAGCCGGCCCCUGCGUUGGCUGCUCGCGCUGCACGGCGACAACGUGGUGCCCUUCACCUAUGGGGGGGCAGCCAGUGGUCGGGGGACGCGGCUUUUGCGGAAUGCUGACGAGACAGAGCAAAGCGUUGCAUCGGCGGAGGAGUAUAUUGCCAGCAUGGAGGCCGCCGGGCUGCAGGUGGACGGCGAGGAGCGCAGCACGAGCAUCUGGGAGGCCGCUAGUAGGUUAGCUAGCGAAAUUGGGGGCCGCAUACCGGAUAAUGCACGAGGGGACUUGCUGGAGGAGGUGGCGUACUUGGUAGAGGCGCCUGCGCCGCUGCUGGGCACGUUCGACGCGGCGUUUUUAACGCUCCCGCGCGAGGUGCUGACCACCGUGAUGCGCAAGCACCAGCGCUACUUCCCCGUCGAGGACGCCGCCACCGGCCAGCUCAAGCCCGCCUUCGUCACGGUGGCCAACGGCCCGGUUGACCUGGACGUUGUGCGCCACGGGAACGAGGCCGUUCUCCGGGCCCGGUACGAGGACGCGCGCUUCUUCUACACCGCCGACCGCGCGCGCCCGCUGGCCUCCUUCCGGCCCCUGCUUGAUGGCAUCACCUUCCAGGCUCAGCUGGGCAGCCUGCUGGCCAAGAGCGAGCGCGAGGAGGCGCUCCUGCCGGGCCUGGCUGCGGCCGCGCAACUAGAGGGGGACGCCCUUGCGGUGGCGCGUGCGGCGGCGCCCAUGGCCAAGGCGGACCUGGCCACCGCCGUCGUCACCGAGUUUACGUCGCUUGCAGGCGUCAUUGGGCGGCACUACGCCGACAUGGAGGGCCACCCGCAGCCGGUGUGCGACGCUGUGUUCGAGGCGGUCCUCCCCCGCUUCGCCGGCGACCAGGUGCCCCGCGUCGGGGGCGGGCAUCCUGCUGGCCGUCGCCGACAGGCAGCGGCACCCCGGUUGACAAGGCUGGACAGCCUGGUGGGCCUGUUUGCGGUGGGCAAGGCCCCCAGCGCGUCCGCGGAUCCGUUUGGGCUGCGCCGCGCGGCGUACGGCCUGGUGCAGACGCUGGUGGAGAACGGGGUGCCCCUCGCGCUGCCCGCCGCCCUGCGCCUCGCCGCCGAGCAGCAACCGCUCACUGUUUCUGAAACAGCCCUCGCCGAGGUGGACACCUUCGUGACGCGACGGCUCGAGCAGUACCUCGUGGACGGCGGCGCAACAGUGGAAGUGGUGCGUGCGGCGCUGGCGGAGCGAGGCGCGGUGCCGGCCCAGGCAGCGCAGGCAGUCCGCGAGAUGGAGGCGCUGGACAGCGGCGUGCGGGAGCGCAUUGUGGCGGCGUAUGCGCGGCCCACCCGGAUAACGCGGACCAAGCACGUGGGCGCGGACUGGAAGGUGGAUUCGUCCCUGUUCGAGAUGGAGCAGGAGCACGCCCUGCUGGCCGCCUACACCACCGUCGCGCAGCAGCUGCGGCCAGAGUCGGCGGUGUUGGAGCUGUUUGCGGUAUCAGAGGCGCUGGUGCAGCCCAUCGACGACUUCUUCAGCAACGUCUUUGUCAUGGCCGAGGACGAGGCGGUGCGGCACAACCGGCUGGCGCUGCUGCGCGACAUCGCGGCCCUGCCCAAGGGCAUCCUCGACCUCGCGCUCCUGCCAGGCUUCUAAACACUGCCAAGCAUCGCCGCAGCGCAAUACGCUCGAAGGUGGGCCAAGGCAGGGGCAGCCGUGGUUCAUUGUUGCGGAAGGACAUGGCAAGCACAAGGCUUUAAUGUGGGACCCGUAGCUUGCCACAUAGCGAAGACGAAAUCGAGAUUUUGUCCGAGUCGAAUUGACGAUGCUUGAUUUGUGUAAGGCAAGGCGACAUGCAAGUGACGAUUUCGGAAGGGGCCAUGGUGGGCUGAAAGGUGCCAUGCGAAAAUUAUCCGAUGACUGGGAAUGAUUCGGUUGUGCAGCUGGUGCGCAACUUCUCAGAUCAGAGGCACAUCCGAGCACCAUAAGGGAUAUUAAAGCCUGAAGCUGACCAACUAAUUACC